AUGGACGAAGACGACAACAACAGAUUGAUAAUUCAAGUCUACACACCAAGAGCUAAAUUACGCAGACCUGGCCCCAAAUUGGUUAGACCCAGCUGGAGCCCAAGGAAAACAGGCCCAACAACCCAGCUGGAGCCCAAGGGAAACAGCCGAGUAAAACGGCUCCUCAUAUGA